CCGGCGCCCGCCGAGGACACCAUCCAGGUGUGCGCCACCCGGCGGCUGCCGGCGCAGACGCGCUACCUGCCCUUCAGCGGCACCGUCAGAGCCGACAACUAGCCGCUGCUGCCAUGCCUGCCGCCCAUGGACCCCCGCCAGAGGUACGGCAGCUACGACGAGGUGUGCGAGCGCUCGACGGGGCGCGUGCGGCUCUGCAACUGGGUGCGGUUCGUGAGCUACGCACUCCACUUCACGCCGCAGGUCAACAUGGUCGCGUCCAGAGUCAGAGGAUCCGUGGUAUUCGAGGUCGUACGGGAGGUCGUCCCGGGGGAGCGCCUGGUCGUCUUCUUCCUGCCGGACAUGAGCGGAGAGGACACCCUCCUCCUGCCGGCGCUGACCUUCCUCCGCUCCUCGCUUUACCGACGCACGAUCGACUCCAUCAUGGCGGAGGCUCCGCUCGACCUCUCUCGCUCGCUGCUCUCCUCGUCGUCGUCGGGGGAGCCGCCGGCGUCUCCUCCCCGCACCACCCUGGCCCUGGCCACGCCACGCUCGUCGUCGGCGGACGGCCCCCUGGAGGCGCCUGUGGCCGCGUCGCCGCCCAAGCGCCGCGAGCGGACGAUGCUGCCGUGCUCGGAGUGCGGCAAGGCGUUCGACCGGCCGUCGCUGCUGAAGCGGCACAUCCGGACGCACACGGGCGAGAAGCCCCACGUGUGCGACGUGUGCGGCAAGGGCUUCUCGACCAGCUCGUCCCUCAACACCCACCGCAGGAUCCACAGCGGCGAGAAGCCCCACCAGUGCGGCGUGUGCGGCAAGCGGUUCACGGCCUCGUCCAACCUCUACUACCACAAGAUGACCCACGUCAAGGAGAAGCCGCACAAGUGCUCGCUGUGCACGCGCUCCUUCCCGACGCCCGGCGACCUCCGCUCGCACAUGUUCGUGCACAACGGCCAGUGGCCCCACAAGUGCUCCGUCUGCGGCAAGGGCUUCAGCAAGCUCACCAACCUGCGCAACCACGCGCUUCUGCAUGCGGAAAUGAAGCGCACGGAGCGGCAGCUGUCGUCCCUGCCGGCCACCCUGGCGUCGCCGCCCUCCACCAGCGGCUCGGACACUCCACUCACUCCACCGGCGGCGUAUUCCCCGCCCAGUUACUCCACCUUCGCCCAGUCCUCCUUGCUGAACAGCGACACGCCCCCGUCUUCAUCCACCUCGCACACUCCGCCCAGCUGCUCCGACGCGCCCUCGUCCCCCGCCACGCCCCCCACGGCGAGCCGGCUCCUCCGCUGUCCGCUGCCCACUUGGCGAGUCCUCCGCCCUCGCCCUCCAGCCCCGCGCCCGCCCUCGCCUCCUGCCCCCGUCGGAAGGGCCUAUCGGCUCGCCCCCGCCGCGCCGCCCGCCUCGGCUGCCCAGCACCCGCGCAAGGAGGAUUCGCCGCGGCUGCCCGAGGCCCCGUCCGCGUUCGCGCCCCUGAAGGCGACGUCCUCCAUCGCUUCUCCGCCUCCUUCUCCUCUUCCCCUUCCUCCUCCUCCUCCAUCUCAGCCUCCAGCUUCAUCUCACGCGAAAUUCAGCAUCAGUUAUCUCCGCACGUCCUCCAUAUCUCCCUCCUGCUCCUCUUCCUUCCCUUCUCCGUCCACCUCUUCGUCCUCGUUCACCGUGCAGCACCUCAUCCAACCCUCAAACAGAUGUGAAGGAGAGUCAAGAAUAAUCGUCGAAGAGGAAAAGGGAAAAGACUCAACAGCUGAAGAAGAAACGGGAGAAGCACGCGAUCUAGACAGACCAAAAGCGGAGGAAGAAGAAGAGGAGGAAGUGAUACUCCUGAGCGACGAGGGCGAGACGAAAGAUGAAGUCGCGAUGACCAAGCCCGUCGUCGCCAGGUAGCAGCCGGAUGGAGUCAGCGCAGCGAACAGGGAAUUCAAUCCUCGUGUCUUAUCGUAGAGUCUAUAUUUAAGCCUUUCAUACCCAAUAUACAUAUGUAUAUAUCCUUUUGUGCCGAAUUGGUCUCAUUUAAAACGAACUGAUUUAUAUAAAAUAGUUUACCCCUAGAGUUCCUCUGUUUUCUCUAACGAAAAAACAAAUAUGGUAUAAGUGAAGUUCCUUUCAAUUUUAUUCUAAGUAUACAUACAUUAUAAAUUUCUACUUGGCCAUGGGUAUGGAAGGAUACAGUAGCUUUAUCACUCCCUUCCAAGCUUUAAAUUAGAUUAGUAAAGGACGUUUUGUCUUUAUUGUUAGAUAUAGGAUGCUGUUUAGAAUGGUAUAUGACUGUAAAUAUGGGUUACCAGCGUUUGUAAUUUGGGUUGUUAUUGUUUAUUUCUUGAUUUAUGUCUAUAGGAUCGACUUUCGAAAUAUCAGGGUACCAUAAGCAAUAGGCGUUUGAUUUUUUCUUCACAAGUGCAAUGUAAAGCAAGUCUGGCUGGAAGUGCAAUAUCUUAGUAUUAGGUUGUAUUUAUUUUGAUAUGUUAAACCUAAUUAAAUCUUCAGAGAAAAGAACUUUUAGA